AUGAGCGGUCAGGAAAGACCAAAGCAGGACAACCAAAACCAAUCACAACCUCAACAUAGAAAGAAGUUUGAGGGCCCUAAGCGUGAAGCUAUCAUUGAUCUAUCUACCUAUAAAGAUACCGAAGUCAGGGUUAAGUUAAUGGGAGGAAGGCUUGUCACAGGUAUUCUAAAAGGCUAUGAUCAACUAAUGAACCUUGUUCUCGACGAGACUGUUGAGUACCUAAGGGAUGAAGAGGAUUCAUCUAUUAUUCUGAAGGAUAAAACCCGUAAUUUGGGACUUAUUGUUAUAAGAGGAACCAUUUUACUCUCACUUUCGCCUGUAGCUGGCGGGGCCAUCAUACCGGGUCCAGCUGGCGAAUAA